AUGUCUGUCGCAGGGUUGAAGAAGCAGUUUCACAAAGCGACCCAGAAAGUCAGCGAGAAGGUGGGAGGAGCCGAAGGAACCAAGUUAGACGAUGACUUCAAAGAAAUGGAAAAGAAGGUGGACAUCACCAGCAGAGCGACGCUCGACAUCAUGACCAAAACCACAGAAUAUCUCCAACCUAACCCAGCUUCCAGAGCAAAGCUGAGUAUGACCAACACCAUGUCCAGGAUCCGCGGGCAGGAGAAGGGACCUGGCUACCCGCAGGCGGAGAGCGUGCUGGGCGACGCCAUGCUGAGGUUUGGACGGGAGUUAGGGGAGGAGUCCUGCUUCGGCCUGGCGCUGAUGGACGCUGGCGAGUCAAUGACGGAGCUCGGGGAGGUGAAGGACGCUCUGGACAUGGAGGUCAAACAGAACUUCAUCGACCCGCUGCAGAACCUCCACGACAAAGACCUCAAAGAGAUUCAGCAUCAUCUGAAGAAGAUGGAGGGCCGGCGUCUGGACUUUGACUACAAGAAGAAGCGUCAGGGGAAGGUCCAGGACGAGGAACUCAAACAGGCGCUGGAGAAGUUUGACGAGAGCAAAGAGGUCGCGGAGCAGAGCAUGUUCAACCUGCUGGAGAGCGACAUCGAGCAGGUGAGCCAGCUGGCAGCUCUGGUCCAGGCCCAGUUGCAGUACCACAGCCGAGCAGCAGAGCUCCUCCAGCAGCUCUCCAGCUCGAUGGAGCUCAGGAUUAAAGAAGUGUCCGGUCGACCCAGGAAGGAGUACGCUCCCAAACCCCGGCUGACCCUGGAGCUCCUGCCCCCCAGCCAGGGCCACAACGGGGGGAUUCCCUGUGUGAUGGUACAAACAGAGGCUGAACCUCGGGGGUGUGUCCUCCUCUCUUGUCCUCUUCUGUCCCUCUUCUGUCCCUCUUCUGUCCCUCUUCUGUCCCUCUUCUGUCCCUCUUCUGUCCCUCUUCUGUCCCUCGCAGCGCCCAUGGACCAGCCGUGCUGCCGGGCGCUCUACGACUUCCUGCCGGAGAACGAGGGCGAGCUGGGCUUCAAAGAGGGCGACGCCAUCACGCUGACCAAUCAGAUCGACGACAACUGGUACGAGGGGAUGAUCCACGGCCAGUCGGGCUUCUUCCCCAUCAACUACGUGGACAUCCUGGUGCCCCUCCCACAUUAG